GUUGGUCAGUUUGUCACAGGCAGCGUGUGUUUGCAUGGAAACUGAACGUGUUGGGCGCAUUUUUGUGAAAUUGUAAAUUUUCUCGCAGUUCUUCUGUUUCUGUGAUGACAGCCUGAGCGGGGGGAGUGGAGGGGGAGGGGCAGAGGUGACAGGAGGAGAGUGACAACAGAUAGCGACGGACUACGGUAUGAAACGUUCCUGCUGACCCAGAGGAGUAACUGCUUUCAUCUCGGUUAAAUGAAAUGACACCUGGAGACGUUUGAUAGCAGGGAAAUCUAAUUUCCAAGCUGUCCUUGCGAUCAGGUCGGGUUGUCAGGGGAAUCACUAAACUCAGAUGGGUCAGGCACUGUGGAGGCUGCCUCCCAGACAACAGCAGCAGCUUCAAGAAGAGCUAGCCGACCGUCUGGCUGACCGAGGAGGAAGACGAGAGCAAGAUGGAGGUUCCCAGAGAAGAGGUCCUCAGCACUGUUAUGGCCCUGACAUCUACCAUCUGCUGAGAACACGCAGAGGUAAAGAGCAGCAUGGAUUUAUAGAUUUGGAGAUGCUGCCACCUGAAUUAGGCAUCACCAUACUGUCCUACUUGAAUGCUACUGAUCUGUGCCUGGCCGGCUGUGUGUGGCAGGACCUGGGAAAUGACGAAUAUCUAUGGCAAGGGCUUUGUAAGUCCACAUGGGGACACUGUUCCAUCUACAACAGAAGACUACCCGCUGGUUUCUCAUACAGAAGACUAUACCUGCAGCUAGAUGAAGGCAGUCUGACAUUCAAUGCUAACCCACAGGAGGGUAUCAGUUAUUUUAUGUCUAAAGGUAUACUACUGGAUCAUCCAACCGAGCUUGCUAAGUUCAUCUUCUACACCAGACGGCUCAACUGGAAGAUGUUGAGGAUUUACCUGGAUGAGAGGCGGGAUGUCCUGGAUGAGUUGGUCACCCUCCAUAAUUUCAGUAACCAGUUCCUCCCCAACGCUCUGCGGGAUUUCUUCAGACACAUCCAUGCACCAGAGGAGAGAGGAGAGUAUCUGGAAACCCUCAUCACCAAGUUCAGCCACAGGUUUUGUACCUGUAAUCCAGGUCUUGUCCGAGAGCUGGGCCUCAGUCCUGAUGCUGUGUAUGUGCUGUGCUACAGUCUGAUCCUGCUGUCCAUCGACCUGACCAGCCCCCACGUCAAAAACAAAAUGUCCAAGAGGGAGUUUAUCAGGAACACUCGCCGAGCAGCACAUAAUGUCUCAGAUGACUUCGUAGGCCACCUCUAUGACAACAUAUACCUGAUUGGCCACGUGGCUGCAUAGCUGCACCUACCAGCUGUCCAGAGUAAAUCCUCUCACUGCACUGACAAACAGGACCUGCUGAUCGGGAUCCUACACGUCUUGAAAGUAUGGACUGCUGUGGAAAUGGAUUUUAACAAUUUUCCUGUCUUUCAAGGAAUUGAACAACAAAUAAAUGUUACUAAAAGGUUAGUAAAAGAAAAUUCGCCACUCCACUGUGCUACCAAAUAUUAGUAGUGUUAUUAGAGUUUAAUCAAGGGUGUGAAAUCAUCUGAAAUAAAUGCAAGUCAUUGCAAAGAAGGAGGUGGAACCAUGAAGACAAGCUCUGAUAUAUUGCACUGACAAAUGGGGACUGCUGAUUGGUGGAGGGUCUCAGCCUUCCACAGAUGCUGGGACAGUCAUGCUGAUUUCCUGUUGGACAGUAGGACAAAGACUGGCCUACCCAUGCUUCUAGGAAGUGACACACAGGACCAAGGCUAACAUAAAUUUACUCACUAAUAUAGAAUUUACCAGUGUAACUAAUGACAAAGCUACACUGGAGCUGUUCUACAGAUCAGCUGACCUUGAUGCAUUUGUCCUGUGGUAAUAACCAGAAUGUCCAAAUGUCCCGAUUCAACUAGAAGAAGAACAUUUUUGUAUCUUAAAUAUAUCUGACUUUUGUCCAUGAGGUUUGCUCGUACGAGUGUUCCAAGUCAGAUUCACCAAAACUCUCUUUAACUGCACAAAGUUGUAAGUUGGUUGUUUCAGCCUGAUGAGUGUCACCUGGUCAUGAGGAAGUGCAUGCAUGUGAGGUUUUAUCAUUAGCAUAAUCAGUGCACAAGGCUGCCUGUUCUCUGUUUGUGGAAAGGUUUCAUUCGCAGAGUGUAAAAGAACAGUUUCAUCCCUCAGAGCUUCACCAGUAGAAAUGAGAUGUGUCAUUAAAGCAGGGCUUUACUGUGACAGAGAUAAAGAGGGAAUAGUUUGAAGUUAGUCAUGGUCUGCUUUGCUUUAGAACAACAUUUUAACUAAUACCAGAGAAGUGAAUGUGACAGUCACAGAGAUGUAAGAAUAUUCCAGCCCACAGCAGGUGAUGUUACACUGUCCUUUGUGUUAUGAUAGUGGACACAGACCUGCAUAAAGACCCUGAGGCAACUGUUAGAGCGAGAGAAUCUACCAACAACUACUGACCUGUUGUGUGUUACGGGGCCAAAAAAGGCAACAAGGUGACACUGUCAAUGAAUUGGCAAUCUUUGAUGAUGAAGAAAAGUUUGCAUUGUUUGUUUUAGUUGUGUAUUUAAUUUUAUUUAAUUUUGGUGUAAUAUUAAACCUUCAAAUUCA